GUGUGACCCACUGACCCCUAUCUCUCUCUAGUCAGCACUUCAAAUAGAUCACUAUCAAUUAUAACUCAGUUACUUCAUACGUUCCAUGGAUAGCACCGCCGAAGCAAAAUCCAAAAAAAUCGAACGCCGCUACGAUACUUUGGGAAAGAAGAGAAAGCGAUCUAUCAGGUUCGCCUCUUCCGAGGUAGCUGUCCUUCCUUCCAUGGAAGAUUCAUCGUCCUCAUCCUCUUCCCCCACUAAUAACGCGCCAAAGCAGAACUGCACCGCUGUCGCAUCCGCUUCCUAUGGUUUAAUAUCUGUCAUCGGCCGACGGAGAGUCAUGGAGGACGCCGUUAGAGUGGUCCCCGGUUUCGUGCCGGUGGAAGACGAAUCCGGAGGUUACGAUUUCUUUGCAGUCUACGACGGUCACGGUGGAAGCAUGGUGGCGAAUACUUGCCGCGAGAAGCUGCACAUGUUGUUGGCGGAGGAAAUGAAGGAGGCAAAGGCAGCAGGGCCUUUGGAUUGGCAUCAAGUGAUGUGCUCGUGCUUCAUGAAGAUGGACCAAGAGAUUGUAGGUGACGAGGGCAACGAUGACAUGUCGGGUGGGAACACGAUGGGUUCUACCGCAACGGUGGUCGUUGUUGGAAAGGAGGAGAUUGUGGUUGGCAACUGCGGAGACUCUAGGGCGGUGCUGUGUCGCGGUGGCGAGGCCUUGCCGCUUUCACGUGAUCAUAAGCCUGAUCGUGAGGAUGAGAAAGAGAGAAUAGAAGCAGCAGGUGGAAGAGUGAUCGAUUGGAAUGGUAAUCGUGUUUUAGGUGUUCUUGCUACAUCAAGAUCCAUAGGGGACCACUACAUGAAGCCAUUUGUGAUAGCUCAACCAGAGAUACAGGUGUCCCGCCGAACAGAUUCCGAUGAGUUUGUGGUGGUGGCAAGUGAUGGGCUGUGGGAUGUGGUGUCUAACAGCUUUGCAUGCCAACUUGUGAGAAAUUACCUUAGUGGCAAGACCGACAUGACCACAUCCGCGGAGGCAGCUGCCACUUUGCUAGCCGAGCUUGCCAUGGCUCGUGGUAGCAAAGACAACAUCACUGUCAUUGUGAUCCAGCUCAUUAACGCUGCUUCUCCUUCAACUCCUUCAACUUCAACAUAAGCUCAGCUCAUCCAUAACCGUAUGAUAGGACUCUUUUAAUAAGCAGUGAGAAGGCUCAUAAUUUAGUGUGUGUUGUUGUGAUAUUUGCUACCUAGAUUAUUUCUUUUG